GUUUGCCUCUGGCAGUUGCUGGGAACUUUCAGGAGCAGGGCUGGCCUGGUUGCCAUGUAACCGUCUCUCUCUUCCACAGAUCGCUGGUCUAGUUCUGGACGGCCCCUCUUCUCAAGCCAGCAGCGGAGCAGAUCAGCCCAAAGGACGCUACGUUCCCCCUCACCUGAGAAACCGCAGUGGUGGUCACCGAGGUGACGAUGGUGCGAGUGACCCUGCUGAGCAGGGAGUGAACGGGCGCGAACCUCAGGGCGGCGGCGUGCACGAUGGUGCGAGCGACGGCGCUGAGCCAGGAGUGAACGGUUGCUCAGACGGCCGUGGGCGCGGACCUCAGCGUGGUGGAGGCGGAGGAGGAGGGUUCAGUGACCGCGGUGGGUACAGUGACCGCGGCGCCGGUGGUGGUGGUUAUAGCGACCACGGAGGUGGCGGCGGUUACAACGACCGCGGUUGGGAUCGCGGUGCACGCGGAGCCACGCGCAACGGCUGUGACGAGCGAGGAGGAGACCCGCAGACGUACAGCGCGUUUGGGGCGCGGGAUCGCCUGGGGGACGACCGUGGUGGGGGCAGCAGGGGCCGGUUUGAUGAGCGCGGAAGUGGGUGGGGAGGCGGCUCGGAUCGUCGCGAUGGCGCUGAGAACGGGCGCCCCCGCGGGGGUCCCGGAGGGGGCAGCUUUGGGGGGCGCGACCCCCCGCGGAACACGCGCUGGUCGGACAGCGGGAGCAGCGGGGGACGCGGCGACGACGACUGGUCGCGCCAGCAGCCUCGCAACGAGCGCAUCGAGCAGGAGCUCUUUGCUGGCAGUAACACGGGGAUCAACUUUGAGAAGUAUGACGACAUCCCUGUGGAGGCGACCGGGCACGACUGCCCCAACCACAUUGACACGUUUGAGGAGGUGGAGAUGGGCGAAAUCAUCAUGGGGAACAUAGCGCUGACUCGGUACACGCGGCCCACGCCGGUGCAGAAGUACGCUAUCCCCAUCAUCAUCGGCAAGCGCGACCUCAUGGCCUGCGCGCAGACCGGCUCCGGCAAGACGGCCGCCUUCCUGGUGCCCAUCCUGAGCCAGAUCUACCUGGAGGGUCCUGGAGAGGCUCUUCUGGCCGCCAAGGACAUAGCGAGGUUUGGGCGGCGCAAGCAGUACCCGCUGGCCCUCGUGCUGGCGCCCACGCGUGAGCUGGCCUCCCAGAUCCACGAGGAGUCGCGCAAGUUUGCGUACCGCUCGCGCGUGCGCCCCUGCGUGGUGUACGGCGGCGCGGACAUCGGGCAGCAGAUCCGCGAGUUGGAGCGCGGCUGCCACCUCCUGGUGGCCACUCCGGGCCGCCUGGUCGACAUGAUGGAGCGCGGCAAGAUCGGCCUCGAGUUCACCAGGUUCCUGGUGCUGGACGAGGCUGACCGCAUGCUGGACAUGGGCUUUGAGCCCCAGAUCCGUAAGAUUGUGGAGCAGGACGUGAUGCCCGUCAAGGGCGAGCGCCAGACCCUCAUGUUCAGCGCCACCUUCCCCCGGGAGAUCCAGAUGCUGGCGCGGGACUUCCUGGAAGAUUACAUCUUCCUGGCGGUGGGGCGUGUGGGCUCCACGUCGGAGAACAUCACCCAGAAGGUGGUGUGGGUGGAGGAGGACGACAAGCGCUCCUUCCUGCUCGACCUGCUCAACGCCGCCGAGGUGGAGUCCCUGACGCUGGUGUUUGUGGAGACUAAGCGCGGUGCCGACGCGCUGGAGGGCUUCCUCUACAAUGAGGGCUACCCCUCGACCAGCAUCCACGGGGACCGCUCCCAGCGCGACCGCGAGGAGGCGCUGCACCACUUCCGCUCGGGGAAGUGCCCCAUCCUGGUCGCCACCGCCGUGGCGGCCCGUGGGCUGGACAUCUCGAACGUGAAGCACGUCAUUAACUUUGACCUGCCCAGCGACAUCGAGGAAUACGUGCACCGCAUCGGCCGCACGGGGCGCGUGGGCAACCUGGGCCUGGCGACGUCGUUCUUCAACAUGAAGAACUCGAGCCUGGCGCGUGACCUCAUGGACCUGCUGGUGGAGGCCCACCAGGAGGUCCCCACCUGGCUGGAGGGCGUCGCCUACGGCCAGCAGAGCCGCAGCGGGGCCUGGGGCGGUGGCGGCCGCGGCAAGAGGAGCGGUGGCGGAGGGGCGUUUGGCGGCCGUGACUACCGCACCACCCACGGACCCCCCGGCGGUGGGGGGCGCAAGGGCGGCCCCAGCCCCGGCGGGGGGAGCAGCCGCGGAGGCUCAGGCAGCUUCGGCUUCUCCGAUGGAGGGAGCUACAACAGAUCCCGUGGUUCCUCGGUCGACUGGUGGGACAACUGAGGAGGGGGACACAGCCACAGCUACAGCCGCGGCAACAGCCCCAGUUACAGCCGCGGCAACGGCUACGGCCGCGGCAACGGCCACCCCUCGGCAACGGCCGCGGCAACGGCCACCCCUCGGCAACAGAUAUCCCCCAGCAACAGCCGCGGCAACAGCCGCAGGUACCCCCCGCAACAGCUGCAGUAGCAACGACAGCUCCCCCAGGAACAACCACAGCAACAGCUACCCCCAGCAGCGCAACCAUGGCAACAGCUCCUACCCCGGCAACAGCUCCUACCCCGGCAACAGCUCCUACCCCGGCAACAGCUACCACAACCACCCUCUCACAAACACCAGAGCACACGGUCAACCACACCGCCCUUCACCCCCAGCCUGGUUCCCAUCACCAGCCUGGUUCCCAUCACCAGCCUGGCUCUCAUUACACAUCACCAGCCUGGCUCCCAAUCCUCUUCUAAUUGCUUGAAAGAUGCGGAGCACGGCUCUCCCCGCACUCCCUUCUCCCCCCGCUCCGCGUCGCUUGUCCAGUGCUGAGCGAUCACUUUGGCUGGAUUUAUGACCCCCAACGCACGUACACACAUACACGCACGCGCACAAAGACAUAGAUCCCAUCUAAAGCCUUAACAGACCUUUUUGGGGCAAGUGCUGUUAGCGAGCAACCCCCCCCUGGUGUGCCGUGCCCGCCUUCAGUCGGUGCUACUGGCUGGCACGCGCGUACUCGCACGUGAUACCAUCUGCGGUUGCCCAGUCUUGGGCUCGCCACACUCCGCCCCCUCUACAAACCCCACCACCUCUCCAUGCACCUCUACUCCCUCACCACUCGGCCCUAUAAUCCACACACCAACCUGCCCAAGUCACAACCACCACCACCAGUCUCCACAGUCUUUCUCUAAUCUCUCCCGGUCCCCCCCCCUCCCGCAUUGACCCCCACCCCCCUCCCGCGCCCGCCACGCUCGCCCCACCGAGCCGCGGCGCCGGCGACACCGUGGGACCAGGAGAGACGUGGCGGUGGCGGGCGCUGGUGGCGGCGGCGGGUGUUUGCCGUCGCCGCCACCGCUGCCACCGCCCGUGGCCAUUGCCUGAGACGCGUGACGCCGCUUGUCGUCGAAGGCCCCCCCCUCCCCUCCCCGACUGUAGAUUUAACGAUGCGUGACGACGACCGUGACGAGGAUUCUGAAAAGCGUUACAUGGCGCUCCGAAAGCCGGGAUCGGUGCUGUGUGAACCCCCCUCAACCACAACCACCCCCAACCACUCCCGACACCCCAGGGUGGCGGGCGGGGGGGGGUGGACGAUUCCUGGCACCCAGUGGAGGUGACGACACCUGGGGGGUUGGGAGGGGGGACAACUCCCGGCACACUUUCCGUAUUGGCGGAUCCACCGCUGGGUGAUGAGGAGCGGGGGGAGGCAGUCCUCCGAUGGUAGCCAUAGGCGGAGCGAAGGUUUUGUGUUAUUGAAGGAGAGGGGGGGGGCACUCGACUGCCCUGUCCCCCCUUGCCCCCACCUACCCGCCCCCUCGGCGGUGGUGACGAUGACGAUGAUGAUGACGAUGUUGUUAUUGUUUGUUUCUUACGAAGCCGCUUUUAUUUACGUGGUCCCCCGCCCCAUGUCGUCGCCCUGUUUCUCGCUCGUGGUUUUAACUAGAGAAAUUCAAUAAAGAGACGAUCGCUCA